AAACUAUUGAUACAAUGAUACAUUACCAUUUUCUUUGAUUUCUCUUCUUCUUUUUUUGUUAAAUUCCUUAAUUUUAUCUAAAUUGCCAUUUUUAUUUGCCAGCAAUUCCACCUAUAUAUAUAUAUAUAUAUAUACACCCGAAGGAUACAAAAACACCAUUAGAUUCACAAGCAUGGAGAAAGAAGAUGAUUACACGGCUUCGUUUUGCCUUAGCUUUAACAGUUACACCACCAACGACCGAACCGCUGAGACCAUCGAGCGAGUUCGACUCGAAUUUUCUGAUGAACACAACGAUGAUGAGUUUGAAUUUCCAGUUUUCAAUCAGAACGUCAUCGGUAAAGACGAGUCGCCACUGCUGCCAAUGGCGACGGUUACAACUCAGCUGAGAGAUUUAUUCCUCCACGAAGAUCAAUCGUUUUCAUCAUCAUCAUCUUCGUCAGAUGAAGAAGAAGUUCACGUAACCUCGAGUGAGAAAUCGCUGAAGAGAGGUUGGAGAAAGAGCAGCUCGACGGGAGCAUCAUCGUCGACGUCGUGGAGGAUUAGUGAUUUGUUGAAGAGAAGUUAUAGUGAAGGGAAACAAUCUCUUAAGCUCUUGAAUUCGAAUUCAAGAAACAGAGACGAGUCUACGAAGAAGAAGGAGAAGAAGGUUUGUGCACAUGAGAAGUUUUAUCUGAGAAACAAAGCGAAGAAGAACGAAGACAAGAGAAAAUCAUAUCUACCUUACAAGCAACAUGUCGUUGGGUUUUUCUUUACUGUAAAAUAGUAAUGCUUAAUUAGUUAAUUUCCAUUAGUGAAACAAUUACGAAUUAGUUUA